CUUGUAGCCCUAUUGCUGUGAACCUUCGCCACAACCCAUUUCUCAUCCUCACAGGCAUAGGAAAAAAAAAACCCUAAUUUUACGAACGAGGAAAUUUUAUUAGGAAUUGCUCGCGAAGCUUCAUAGGGCUUCUCUUGUUUCUCUUCUUGUUCCCCGGUGGAUUUGGCGUUUCUCGCCUUUAACCCUAAGAUUUCCUGCUCAUCGAUUUUUUGUAGAAAGUGACGCCGAUCGUGGAUUUGUUGCUUUGUUUUGUUGUCUUGCUCGAUAAUCAGUGUUUUGUUUAGGCCAUUUAUAUAAAUUUAGGUGCUGUUUGUUCAGGGGUAAUCGGGAAUUUUGUUUCUGGGUUUCUCCAAAGACGUCGCAUUUGUCCUUGAUCUUGGCUGUUGUUGUUGUUCUCUGAAUCGGGUUGUUUGAGAGGAAAGAUGGUUGGAGGGGGAAACAGGAGAGACGAAGGAUCGAUGGCAAUUCAGAGCACGAACUUGUUUGCCGCUUUGGACACACUAAGGAAGAAGAAGAAGUCGGACAAGGCGAGUAAGAGCAAAGGUUCUUCCAAGUCGUCAUCGCGGCAGGAGCCGCAGAAGGAGCCUCAGCCUCAGGUCUUCUGGGCUCCCACGCCGCUGAAAGCAAAGUCGUGGGCUGAUGUGGACGACGAAGAUGACGACGAUGACUAUUAUGCCACCGCUGCUCCGCCUCAGUCUGUCUGGGGCACUUCUCAGCCGUCUCAUUCGGAUGAAAAAACCAGCCAUGUGGAGAUCAGUAACGAAAGUGAAAGUGAAGAAGAUAUUCUAGAUGAAGGGGACGAUGAUGUGGAGGAAGAGCAUGAACAGGAGGAAGAACAAGUGCACCCAGAGCCAGAACCUGUGGUGAAGAAUGCUCCCGAAGUUCCUGCUCCCCCCAAGGAAGCAGAGAGGCAACUUUCCAAGAAGGAGAGAAAGAAGAAGGAACUUGCAGAGCUUGAGGCUUUGUUGGCUGAUUUUGGAGUUGCCCCCAAGGAGAGUGAUGGCCAAGAUGACUCUCAAGAGACAAAACAAGAAAAGAAAGGAGACGAAGAGGGAGAGAAGAAGGAGAAUGAGUCAAAGGUUUCGAAGAAGAAGAAGAAGAAGGAGAAAAGCAAGGAGGCAAAAGAAUCUCAGGAACAAGCCGAAGAUAACACUGAGGGUGCCAUCGGAGGCGGAGCAGGAACAGAAGAGGAGGCAUCUUCCAUGGAUGUGAAAGAAAGGCUAAAGAAGAUGGCUUCAAUGAAGAAGAAGAAAUCGAGCAAAGAGAUGGAUGGAGCUGCCAAAGCUGCGGCACAGGAGGCAGCCGCAAGGCGUGCGAAGGUGGCUGCCGCUGCGAAGAAGAAGGAGAAGAACCAUUACAACCAGCAGCCUCUGCGGUGAUUUUGGAAAUACAGAAUACGAAUCUGUGUUUUCGCCACCCGUCCGUUUGUUCAUACGAGACGUUGCUGAAUAAAAUCUGGAGAUCUGUUUUGUUUUAGACGUUUAUCACCAUGGACAUGCAAAGGUUGGAACUACUAAUGCCCGUCUCUCGUUUUUGCUGUUCCUUUUGUAAGACUCUGACUGAAAUGGCAGAUUGCAGUGGACAUUGAUCUCUCAACGCUGUAUCCUUCUUCUUCAA